AUGCUGCACCCUCCCCCCAGUGCUGGUAGUCUCCAGUCAACAGCAGUCAUGGCGACGGUGCUCCAACAGCCGCUCACCCUGGAUCGAGAUGUUGCCCGAGCCAUCGAGCUGCUGGAGAAGCUGCAGGAGUCGGGCGAGGUUCCGGGCCACAAGCUGCAGUCCCUGAAGAAAGUGCUGCAGAGCGAGUUCUGCACGGCCAUCAGAGAGGUGUACCAGUACAUGCAUGAAACCAUCAGCGUCAACGGCUGCCCGGAGUACCAGGCCCGCGCCACCGCCAAGGCCACCGUGGCCGCCUUCGCCGCCAGCGAGGGCCACUCUCACCCGCGGGUGGUGGAGCUUCCCAAGACGGAGGAAGGCCUGGGCUUCAACGUGAUGGGCGGCAAGGAGCAGAACUCUCCCAUCUACAUCUCCCGCAUCAUUCCCGGCGGGGUGGCGGAACGUCACGGCGGCCUCAAGCGGGGCGACCAGCUGCUGUCCGUCAACGGGGUGAGCGUGGAGGGCGAGCACCACGAGAAGGCGGUGGAGCUCCUGAAGGCGGCCAAGGACAGCGUCAAGCUGGUGGUCCGCUACACGCCCAAGGUGCUGGAGGAGAUGGAGGCCCGCUUCGAGAAGCUGCGCACGGCCCGCCGGCGCCAGCAGCAGCAGCUCCUCAUGCAGCAGCAGCAGCAGCAGAACCUGUCCAGCCAGCAGAACCACAUGUCGUAGGUCGGUGCAGAAGAAGAAAAAGUGAAGCAGGACGUGACGGUUUGGAUCUUUCGGUGCUGAAGAUCCCAAAGCUCCGUCAUCGAGUUGAAGGACCUUCCCUUCCGGCGUUCCCCAGCAAAAAAAAAAAAAAACGCCAGUGUUUGUCCUGAUGAAUUUGGUGCUUUUGGGCGGUCCUUUUUGACCUUUUCUACUUCCUUCUCUGCUCAUCUGGUGUUUCUUUCUUUCUUCUGUUCCUGGUGGUGGUCUAUGGAGCAGAAGAUGCGACAUUGUAGCAAAGGAUGAAGGUUGCUAGCAAUAAACACACGCACGCUUCAUUGGUGACACCGCGGUCAUCCCGAAAUGUCUCCGUUAUAGGAAAAAUGUAUUCUUUUCUUUUCUUUUCCGUUUGAUUUUCCAUGUUUGAGCCUCUUGUGGUUAUCGUGGAAUAUCGUGGAAUACUGCUAGACGACACACGCAGAAUGUCAACCCAGAUCCUAUCAGAGCUUUAUUAUAUAUUCCACUUUUAUUGCUCCUUCUGUGUUGACAGAUGAUGGUGAUUGUGCUACAGCGUUUUUGUGUUCCGACAAUCAUUGUGAGCGCUGGUGAAGAUGUGGAAUGUUUUAUCCGAUUUGCUUUUCCCGCCUUGUGAGGAUAUAUCGCUUUUACAGAUGAUUUAUUCAAGCGUUUGAUUGUGUUUUUGUGCUUUGUUUUCAUUUUCGCUUCUGACCUUUCACCUCUUCUUUCCGUCCGGUGACCAAAAGGCAUGAGAAGUAAUCCCAUCCUUUAGUUCCUCCCUUCCUGUUUCGAGUGCGACAUGUGCCACACUGCCAGAUUUGUACCCGUCGCGAUAUAUUUGUCCCUCAAACAUGACAACCUAUCAUUUUCUAUCUUCAGUCACAGGUACUGUCUUAUUUGGCUUUUUGGCGAUGGCGGUACCGUGCUUUGUGGAUUUAGAAAAAAAACAUAUUGUUAAUAUGCAAUUGUUAUACAUAUUAUAUUUGUAUAAAUAAAUAAAUCUAUGUGCUUGUGAAAAGUGAAAGCUGAAGCUUAU